AAAUAAUUAACGCGGGCGAAAGAAGGUGAAAUCGUAACCGUCGCUCAUAGAAAAGUAAAGGAAAGAAAAGAGAGCUAUCAUCUUUGACGAUGAGCCUACACGGCGUCUCAGGCCAUCCCGAACCUCCUAAUCCGACAGAUUCGUCGAGCCCUUCGACUCCGAAGAUGAAGAUUAGUCCCAAAUUGAAUCGCUGGUCCAUGGGCAGAGCUCUUCGAUCCGGUGUUAAGCUCGACCGUCCAAUUCACCGUAUCUAUAACACGCAUUGCCGUCAGGCAUCGGAACCCAAACAGAAGGAGGAUGAUAAGAAGACGUCAACAAUUGACGUGGAGACGACGGCGGGAAAGUCUAUCUAUUUGAUUUCCGACGGGACAGGGUGGACGGCAGAGCACUCCGUUAACGCAGCUUUGGGGCAAUUCGAAGAUUUCUCGGUGAACCGUGGGUCUUCCGUCAACACUCAUCUCUUCUCCUGGGUUGAGGAUGAGGAUAAGCUAGCAGAGAUUAUCAAGCAGGCGGCAAAGGAAGAGGCAAUGUGUUUCUACACUUUGGCGAAUCCUUCUAUGGCGAAAUCUGCAAAACAAGCCUGCGAUCAAUGGGGUGUUCUUUCUGUCGAUAUUCUUGGACCAAUCAUCGAAGGGAUUGCGUCUCACUUAGGCGUUUCUCCAUCAGGUCUUACCCGUGGAGCACCUGGUAGGGUCAAGACUCUCAAUGAUGCAUAUUUCAAAAGGAUUGAAGCCAUUGAGUUUACCAUUAAGCAAGAUGAUGGGACUUUGCCCGAAAACUUAAGCAAGGCUGAUAUAGUUCUAGUUGGGGUUUCUCGCACAGGGAAGACGCCAUUGUCGACUUACAUAGCUCAGAAAGGGUACAAAGUUGCAAAUGUACCGUUUGUGAUGGGCGUGGAACCACCCAGGACACUCUUUGAGGUUGAACCAAGAAAGGUUUUCGCUUUGAAGAUUCAGCUCGUUGUACUGCAAGCAAUUAGGAGAACAAGGGUAAAAACUUUAGGCGUAGAUACAGAGGCAGAGAACAAUUAUUCAGGGAUCGAUCUUGUUCGGAAAGAACUGGAUUUCGCGUCAAGGAUUUAUGCGGAAAACCCUGGAUGGGCUGUGAUAGAUGUGACUAAUAAGGCGAUUGAAGAAACCGCGGCUGUGAUUAUGAGGCUCUACCAUGACGACGGUAGAGACAGUAGUACUUCAGUACCGCGUAUCUCUAAACGCUACUAAGCCCAGCCCCCUCCCUUGACCGUAGAUCAUGAAACAGUUUGGUAGCAUUUCUUAAAAAGUAGAAAUUUGUAUAAAGUGUAAUAAUUGUCUGUAAUAAAUCAAUAUCAAAUAAAACCGAAGGGAGGAAUGAUAUGUUUUAGUCAAAUAAAACCGUCUCCUGACGGGACUCGAACUAGAAA